AACAACACACCCCCAAUUUGUUGUUACUGAAAUGACAAGUUUUAAACAUAUAUUAUAAAAUAUAUAGUUUCAAAUAAUAAAUAUGGCAACAACAGACGAAAGAACAGUUUUUGCUAAAUUAGAAGCUAUUAAAGAGAUCAGGGCGAAAACUAUUCAGUUGGAAAAACUCAAGACUAGAAUUCUUCUUGAGGUAGAAGCUUUAGAUCAAGAAGAAAAAUGUCUAUCAGAAUACAAACAAGAGAUGGAUUUGCUGCUCCAAGAAAAAAUGUCGCAUGUCGAAGAAUUACGACAGAUUCAUGCAGACAUAAAUGCGAUGGAAGGUGUUAUAAAACAUGCAGAAGAAAGUCGUGGUCGAUCUUUAGCCACCGCCGCCAGAGUUCAUGAAGAGUAUCUUCCAUUAAAAUCGGAAGUGGAUCGGUUAAGACGAGAUUGUUUAGGUUUGGAUAGAUUACCCGAACUUCACGAAGAGGAGGCAACGUUAGUUACACCCGAGUAUGUGUUAUUUGCCAUAUAUUUAGAGAAAUGUAACGUUACACCUUUCAGGCGAUUUGCACAAUUUUUCUCGCCAAGCAAAUCGAAUUCUCAAAAUUUUGCAAAAAGUAAUGAAUGGACACGUCCUUUAGCUCCAACAGACAACCAUAUGAGCGCUUUAGCUCCUCCAUUACCACCCACAUUUUUACCACCACCCAAUCCCUUAAGACUGGUAGCGAAUAAACCUGAGGCAGGGCGUCCAAGUAGCUUAGCCCAACCUCCACAUCCAGGACCACCUACGCCUACCUUCAGGUCGGAUUUUGUUAGCUUGAGGCAACAACCGCCACCAAUGAAAUCAUGUUUGAGUUGCCAUCAACAAAUACAUCGAAAUGCGCCAAUUUGUCCACUGUGUAAGGCAAAAUCAAGGUCAAGAAAUCCCAAAAAGCCAAAGAAGAAAGAACAUUAAAAGUUUGGUUUGACCAAUAUUAAUGUACUCGAUACUGACUAAAAACUGUUCGUUCAAUUCCUAAAUAGACCAAUCAUAAACACUUGCCUGGUGCAUUUUGCUUUUGCUGGGACAAAUGCAACAGUGCACUCGAGUUCAUUUUAGAAUUGGAAGAAUACAAUUAGAGCGUGAAAUUUUAUUCAAUAAUUUAAGUAAUGCAGAAUAUAUACAGUGCAUUUAUCUCACAUUGGAACAUAUACGAUUACAUGCAAUGGUGUUUUCCUAUGUUCCAUUUAAAACAUUGGAUAAUGUGCGAGUCACAACUCGACCAGCCUUUAAUUAUUUUCAGGUUAUGUAGGACACUGCACCUCACGCAAAACACAACAAACAAAUAGCAACAGACUAUAAGCCAAUCAGAACACUCAUUCCGUUUGAAUUUAUGUCAUUAUAAAUAAAAUGGCAGCUAAUUGUAAGGCAAUAGCAGGCUAAUUGCACCACUAUCAAAUAUAAUUCUAAGUUCAUAACAUCACAAAUCAACACCUCAUACGUACUUGUUUUAUUUUAGAUUAACAAAGAGAAAAUAAUAAAUAGAGAAUACGCGUGCGCGCCUCUUCUAAUGUCAUUGGUUCGCAAUAUGAAUAAGGAAUAAAAAUUCGACUGAACGAAAUUAUUAUUUCUUAUUUGCUAGGCUUAUUUCAUAUUUCAAUGUUGUGUGCAAAUCCAUAAAGAUCAGUAGAUUGAAAAUUGUUAUUUCUUAUUCCUUAUUUGUUAUUUCAUUGUGUGAUGGGCUUAAGAAAUAAAGAGAGAUGCCUUGAUGCUUAUCAUAACGUGCCAUCAUCUCGUCAUGUUUGUACACAUUGCAAGAAGCGAACUUGUCACAUUUUGCGAGACGAUGUUUAAAGGAAUAUUAAUAAUACAUAUUAUAUUUGAAACAAUCUAAAUGGAUUUUUAAAUAUUUAUAAGGGUUGUGAAAAACAAACAAUUAUAAAUUUCAAUUAAACAGUUUAAUAAGAAAAUUUAUGAUAAUUAGUAGGCACUUUCUUUCGGUGAUCCA